UUAUUAAUGUGACCAGUUGAGACGCGUUUGGGCUUUUAAACAAUCGCCACCAAAAAGCAAUUCUCUGACAAUCUUCGUAUUUUUACAUCUUCCUCAUUCGCAACAAUAACAAUUGACAAGGAAUACAAGCGUUUGGCUCAGUCGCUUGCACUCAUGGAAAACAAUCCUUCGUACUCACAGCAACACCACCCUAACUCGCAAUGGAGUGAAGGAGAUACAGAAAUAGAGGAAAAGGAUACAUUUUCGAUCUUGGUGGCAACAGAUAAUCAUCUAGGCUAUCUGGAGAAAGAUCCUAUCCGGGGAGAUGACUCUUUUGCAGCUUUUGAGGAAAUCCUUGCGCUGGCUGCAGAAUCUGAGGUAGACAUGAUCUUGCUUGGAGGAGAUCUAUUUCAUGAGAACAAGCCGUCGCGCAAAACAAUGUAUAUCACAACUAAGCUCUUGCGCAAAUAUUGUCUUGGCGACAAGCCCGUUAGUCUUGAGUUUUUGAGUGAUCCUACAGACAACUUCCCAGAAGGUAUCAAGAAUGUUAAUUAUAUGGACGAGAAUUUAAACGUGGCGAUCCCUGUGUUUUCAAUCCAUGGAAAUCAUGAUGAUCCUUCUGGUGAUGGUAACCUAUGUGCUCUGGACCAGUUAGCAAUGACGGGUCUUGUCAAUUACUUCGGUCGUUCGCAGGAGAUCGAUAAUGUCAUUGUAAAGCCUAUUUUAUUGCAGAAAGGCGCCAGCCGUUUAGCUCUUUAUGGUAUUGGCAACAUUCGCGACGAAAGACUGCACCAAACCUUCUUGCGGCGUAAUGUCAAAAUGAUGCGGCCUGUAGAAGAAGAAGACGAAGAACCUUGGUACAACUUGCUCGUUCUACAUCAAAAUCGAGUUAUGCAUGGCCCCAAAAGCUACAUUCCUGAAGCAUUUUUAGACGACUUUAUCAACCUAGUCAUCUGGGGGCAUGAACAUGAAUGUCUUAUCGACCCCACCUAUAAUCCUCAACAAGGCUUCCAUGUGAGUCAGCCGGGUUCCUCUGUUGCAACCAGUCUGUCGGAAGGGGAGUCCAAGGAAAAACACGUUGCCAUCCUCAAAAUAUGUAAAGGGAGGUUCAAUAUCCAAAAAAUACGAUUGCAGUCUGUGCGUCCAUUCAUUAUGAGCGACGUGGUACUAGCGGAUCAUGACCUUGACCCAACAAACCAACAGAAAGUUAACAGAUUCAUCUCUGAAAAGGUCAGAGAGCUUGUGCAGAAGGCAAAGGAAGAAUGGACCGAAAAAAACGGCCAUGUAAGCCGCAAACGGCGGAUGUAUAAUGAAGAUAACAGCGAUGAAGAAGAGCCUGCACAAGAAACUGUUCAAACACAGGAACCAGAGGUCCCGAAACCGCUAAUCAGACUAAGGGUCGAGUAUAGUGGAGGCUAUGAAAUUUUCAACCCUCAGCGAUUUGGUCAAGAGUUUGUUGACAUGGUUGCCAACCCCCGCGAUGUUGUACAUUUUUACCGCCGCAAAACGACCGUAAACAAAAACACAAAGACAAAGCCUGAAAUGGAUGAUGUAGCCGCGCCAGAAAAAUUAGACACCAUGCGUGUAGAAAAUUUGGUACAGAAGUAUCUUUCAGCACAGAAUCUUAGCAUCUUGCCAGAGAUACAGCUUGCAGAUGCAGUUCGCAUCUAUGUUGAAAAGGACGAGAAGGAUGCUGUAAAAGACUUCGUACUGACAUCGCUUGACCGAAUGCAAAAAGCUAUACGGACAAAGCAGAAUAUCGAGCUCGAAGAGGCUCUCUUAAAAGAGGGAAAAGGAUAUACAGGCCGAAACAUAUGCACGCGAGCACCCAAAUGGAAUUCUUGACCAUAAAUCAACAUCUGGCGGUAAAAUCCUGGAUCAAAACGGAGAUGAUGAGAAUUUAGACAACGAUGCCAUCCUUGAAAAGAACCCUACAAAGCCAUCAAAGGGGCGUGGGACAACAAAGUCCACCGCCACACAACUUAGCCGGGGCCGUGGUAGAGGGAAGGCAGCAGCUAGAGCUUCUACCCUUAAUUCGAAUACGAGCAUGGAUGUCGAUCUGAACUCUGGCAGCGAGGAACAG